AUGCCAGUCCUAGUGCACCCCCGAGCGCCAACAUGCGCGACGACGCGGAGACUCGUACGGCUUCGGCACCCUACCUACUCGACAUCAAGUGUCCUUCUCGCCGCCCCUCGCCGGUCGCAGUAUUUCAACUCGGGCUUCACUACAAGCUACGAUCCAAAUCAGGAGACAAGCAGGGGCCCCAUAUUCUCCAAAGCUACCUUCGGCGUCCCGCAAUUCUACCCGCGGGAUUUGAAGAGGCGGGUAGAUGACUACGUUGUCGGCCAGGAUCGCGCAAAGAAGACGAUAUGUGCAGUUAUUUUCAACCACUACCAGGGGCUACGGCGUCGACAGCACCACGAGAUUCAGGAUCAGCGGUUGCGGGAGAAGUUGCAGAGGCAGAGAUACGCACAAGACCGAGACGCCUUUGAACAUGCGGGCUACAACAGUAGCCCUGCGCAUCCCGUGGAAGAUGAAUUUCCUGGGCACCAUGAAUCUGUUCGGGGCACGCAUGCGCCGACGGAAUCGGUGUUCGAACCCCCGCGAGAUGAUUUUUACAUACCGGAGGACUUCGCGGCGCCUCGGCAUGUAAAGAUAGACAAGAGCAACCUCCUCUUGAUCGGACCGACUGGCGUUGGCAAGACCUACAUACUAGAGACACUGAGCAAGAAGCUUAAUGUGCCGUUUACGAUAAGCGAUUGCAACUCAUUCACACAAGCUGGAUAUAUCGGACAAGACGUUGAGACGUGCAUCGAACGGCUCCUUAUCGAGGCCAACUACGACAUCAAGGCGGCCGAGCAUGGAAUCGUCGUGCUGGAUGAAUUCGACAAGAUUGCCAAACGCGAGACAGUAAAUGGCAGGGACGUGGGAGGCGAGGGCGUCCAGCAAGCCCUUUUGAAGCUAGUCGAGGGGACCAAGGUCACUGUGAACAUCAAGGACCACCGCUCAUCCCGUACAACAAGCAACCCACCAGGCAGCUACGGGCCCUCGAGCCCACAGUCGUCUCCGCCGCCAGGCAAAGUUGACCAGUACACUGUCGACACAACCAAUAUUCUCUUUGUCUUUUGCGGCGCCUUUGUCGGGCUGGAUAAGAUAGUUAUGAGAAGAGUCUCCAAACCGUCAAUCGGCUUCGGUUCCGAAAUUCGUGGUCGUGGUUCCUCAAUGUCAAGCCUCAAGGAUGUCCUGCCCCCGGAGAUGUACAGCCAUCUCCCGCAUCAGCCUGUCUUCACCGACGGCUCGUCGUCGAGCAGCAGCUUUACCCCGCUGGAUCUGACUACGCCGGCCGAUCUGCAAGCCUUCGGCUUCAUUCCAGAGCUGAUCGGGCGGCUUCACAACAUCUGCGCUCUUACGCCCCUGUCCCUGGAUGAACUCUACCGCAUAUUGACGGAGCCGAGGAACAGCCUGGUGGCGCAGUACACAGCGUUAUUCGAGACGUAUCCUAGUAAGUUGUUCUUCACGCGCCGAGCGCUGUACGCCAUUGCCGAGCGAGCGGCCAAGAACGAGACCGGGGCGCGGGGCCUCAAGAUGGAAAUGGAGCGGGUACUGGCCGAGCCCAUGUUUGACGCCCCUACCCCGUACGUGCUCAUCACGGAGGGGUGUGUCAAUGGCACUGAGAAAGCGAUCUAUUGGGGGAAGGACGGCAGGAUGGAGCUUGAGAGGAGAAUGCAGGAGGAGGACGAAAAGAUGACGGGGACGGGCGAACCUGACGUUACCUUUGAGCAGUUCCGUGAGGCAGGCCUAAGCGGUGCUUGA